GCGCAAUUCGUAAUGGACACACAGCGCAUGGCGACGAGGUGGCCGAGCAGCCUGCAACCUCCGCAGCGCUGUCCGCUCCAGCACGCUUCUGAACAGUGAUGGCAGAAAUGGGUCUCUUAAUUUAGAAGUGAGGGCAGCUGUUCGUGGCUGAAGUCGGCGGGCAUCGCGUGCAUGCAGUUGUUCGUCGCUGAGUGGCCAGCAGCGAAGCGGCCCCUUGCGUAGCCGCCGUUAGUUCGUCGCCGUGGCCGAUGACUGGCCUCCGUAGACAGCGCAGACGCUAUCGAGCUGGUGGGGACGCUGUUGCGGUGUGCUGGACGGCCGCUCGUCGAGCAAUGAGCGUGCGGAUGUUUCACGGGCGCGCUCUUCGCUGUCGGCCGCUUAUUUUUGGGCGGGAGGAAGGGCUCUGGCUCUCGUCGGUCGUCCGUGGUUCAUGGCUGGUGGUGUCACUGGCUGCUUAUGCGAGCCACGGCGCGGCGGGCGUCGGCGGCGGCGGCGCGAUAUCGAGGUCGCGAUGCGAUGCGUGCGAUGCGUGCGAUGCGAUGCGCACCCUCUGCUGCGACCUCCCUCGCACUCUACUUGCACAACGAGCAUCAAGACCAUUGCGCAGGAUUAUUGAAGCGUGGAAUUGCGCAUGGCAUGCGGCCGUUUCAAUUGACCCUCCGUCUGCAGUAGCCCACUGCGCGCUCGCAGGGCUGGAUGCGUGGUGUGUGGCCCCUGAAUAGCGCACGGGCCCGCUUUCCCUCGCAGCCGGCAAGGGCCACCCAACCCAACCCACCCUACCACGCCAGGCCAU